GUGCUAAAGUACACAAAUCUACAAUGGUGAGCGGGGGCUCAUGUGUGUCGGGGGGGGGGGUUAAAGGGUAACAUUGGGAUAGGACUGACACCACGACACGUGAAGAGUUACAAAACAUUACUUCACAUAACGGUUGUCAAUUCGGUAUAGAGAUUAUUCGUGCUGCAUCCAACACUCACCAAGAGGCAAGAAGGCGCAGCAGUUUUUAAUGACGUCAUCGAAAGUCUCACUUUAGCAGACGGCGGACUGAAUUGUGUCAGCACUUUUUGUUUUACAGGAAAUAAAUUAAUUAAUUGAAGUGUAGUGGCUUAAAGAUUUGUGUUUUGUGAAAGAAGUUUAGGGCUGAUAGAUCCACAUAGAAAUUUUGACCUUAAUUUGGAUCAGAAGUACUUUUCUGUACAUUCUUGUGUUUUUUUGUGAUGUUUUAAACUUUUUUAGCAUUUCGUCACUGGAUUACACUGUAUGGAUUUGUUCUGAAGUGGUCAGUUUUCAACUGGACAUGCGCUAAGCUUGGACUUGUGAAUGUUUCUGUCAAAUGUCUAGUUUGCUGAUUUAGGAUACUUUAUAUUUCACUAGAAGAAGAUUCCUGAUGUAGCGGUCAUGGAAGUUGAUAUCUUGCUCAAGACAUUGUCCACUCUGGUCAUUCUAAUCAGCUCUGUACCAGAGACAUGCUCCGAACUUCUUGUGACCCCAUACCCUGCCCGCAUCUACAAGAACGCUCCAAGAGAUGUGCCAGUCUUGAAGGUCGAGUUCACUAGUAAUUCAACAACUCUGUCCACUACAACGUUGGCUCUGGACAGGAAAAGUGACGCCCGGUAUUUCCGGUUAGGACCGGAUGGAGUUCUGUACACCAAUGAAACCAUCAACCUGCAGUCCGGGACUGUGCUCACCUUCUUUGUCUUCGCCAUCUACAACAGCUCUGCCACCUUCACUGGAACUGAUAAUAUGUCGUUAAAAGAUCUGGCGGACUACAAGCAGAUCAGGAUUAUCGUGUCCAAUCUGAACAAAUACGCUCCACAGUUCAACCAGAGCGCCUACACGUUUCCGGUGUACCGCUACGGAGCUGGAGACGUCAUCGGACAGCUGACCGUGACAGACGAAGAUGAAGAUGACUAUAAUAGCCAGUUCACUAUUUACGUACCAAAUCUACCGGAAAAUCAGGAAGCCAUCAAGCAUGUCAGCGUCUCACCCACUGGCCAGAUUUCACUGACGCAGAACGUUCCGGCCGACAUCUCGGUGCUCAACUUUACCGUUGUGGCAGAGGACGCGGGAUCCCCGCAACUGUCAAGCACAGCAGAAGUCAAGAUAGACAUCUUGAUGGUGAAACAGCCAGACAUUUUCUGUAUCUCAACCACCAGCAGCACCACCUCCCUGUGCUGGAAGAACCCGAUGCCCGGUGUCCAGUUUGAAGGCUACGACAUUAUGGUGGAGUCAUCGUUCAAAGAGAAUGUGUUCCUGCCUUCUGUGGAGCCCCUGGUCGAGUCCUGCUUCAUCCUAAACAACACCAGGAUAGGGGGUCAGUACGUCUUUCACGUGAAGGUCAGAUCGAAUGAUGUCUGGUAUGGUGUUGAGUCUUACCUGGCCUUCAACAAGACUGCCACAGGCUACACUUACGACUGCGUCAAAAAUCAGUUCUUCGUCUGCAAUUACAAAAACCCUUGCAACGGCAAUGGCGCCUGUAACCCAGUCACCACGCCAGACAGCUACUCCUGCAACUGCUCGCCCGGCUGGCGGGGAGAUAACUGCACAAUCAAAGAUUGGUGUGCUUACUCCCCUUGCAAAAAUGGAACGUGUACGUUCCUUGAACACAAUAAAUAUGAGUGCUCUUGUUCCGAAGGUUUCUUUGGUAACAACUGUCAGUAUUAUAAUGCAUGUCUCGACGCACCGUGUGCAAACCAAGGCUCCUGUACUAUCAACCAAUAUGGUGUUUAUACAUGCCAGUGCCUUCCAGGGUUCUCGGGCAAAGACUGUUUGACGGUUGACCCAUGUUUUCCGUCUCCAUGCGCGGCCGGCAGGGGGAGCUGCAAGCGUCUCAGCAACACGGACUUUGACUGUCAGUGCUACAGCGGUUACUAUGGCAACCUGUGCCAGUACGUAGAUGCCUGCAGUGCAGAGAGUUCCCCAUGCAUGUACUUCGGCACCUGCGUGUCAGUCAACGACACGUACUUUUGUGUGUGCCCUCCGGGUACCUCUGGUCAACGCUGCGAGAAACAAGACCCUUGCUUCUUGCAGCCCUGUAAGAACAACGGUCAGUGCAUCGCUGGGGACACUGGCUCCUUCACCUGUGAUUGCCCGGAAGGCUACACAGGGAACGAAUGUCAACAAUACGACGCUUGUCAUAAUGUGAACUGCAGGAACGGAACCUGUAAACCUGUGACAGGGUCCCUAUUCAAAUGUGAAUGUAAUGCUGGUUACUAUGGGGACCCCUUCUGCACCAACUAUGACGCUUGCUUGACCUUGCCAUGCAAAAACAGAGGUCAAUGCCUCAGUUUUGAUGGCAACAACAAAACGGAAGAUACGGACUAUAAACCAUUCUACAACUGCACAUGUCUGCUUGGUUGGUAUGGACAAAACUGUACUUUUGUUGACCAGUGUUUGUCUCAGCCUUGUAAAAAUGGAGGCAGUUGUAAUCUUGAACCACCAAACGGCUACAACUGCGCAUGCCGUCCAGGAUACAGCCUGGAUGAUUGCUCCAAGUUUGACCCUUGCUACAGCCAACCCUGCCAGAAUGAUGGCCAAUGCUUACCUGACAAACAAGAGACAAGCUACAGCUGCAAAUGCAAGCCAGGCUUUAUAUUAUCAGACUGCUCGCAGGCUGACCCCUGCUACAGCUCGGGCAAGUGUAAGAAUGGGGGCACUUGUGUGACCCAAAGUGACGGUGGCUACAGCUGUGACUGUCUGCCUGGGUAUUCCUCGCAUGACUGCAGCCUGGUAGUUCCCUGCUAUGUCAAUGAGUGCCAGAAUGGAGGGCUGUGCACAAAUCUGUCUCUCACAGAGUUCAAGUGUGACUGCCCUGCAGAGUGGAUAGGCUCCAGAUGCGAUAUCAGUGCAACCUGCCUGGAAGAUAAAGAAGGCUGUGUCUGUGUAAAUAAAAGAUUGCAAUGCCUUAUGACAUCUGGUAAUGUCUCUCAGAGACUCAACAAUCUUUUGGACCAGACGUCCGACCCAUCCAAGUUGACAGCUAAGCAAGUCAUAUUUUUCACAGAAGCAUUGUGGGAUCUAUAUAACGAGACUGUUAUAAAUAUCAGUUAUGCCACCAUUGCUUUUAAUGUGAUUGGGAACCUUGGACGUGUCAACACUUCUGUCAGCUAUGAAGCAGAGAAAGUCAGCAGUACAAACACAAAGUUGAGACUGUUUCUGGACAACUUUACUUCUGAGGUCAACCUGACUGAGAAAGGGGAGGUAACAGUACCAACAAAAGAUUUUGAACUGAAAGCAAUGCUUCUUGAAACAGUCAAAGAGCAUCAAAAUUACACGUUUGAAGUUGAAUUGAACUUUAACCAAACUGAGGCUAUCCCUGCACAUAAUGUCAGCAUAGCACUUCCCACUUCUGCAGUUAGUGACAGCAACAACAGCUCCUCUGGGGACAUCAGGUUACAGUUCAUUGGCUACAAAAGAUCUCAGUUGUUUGUUCCAAUUGAAGGAUUCGAUCAGCUUGGUACCAUAGCAAGUCAAUAUCUGGGGCAUCAGAGAGUUAUCUCUGCAACAGUCAAAGGGAGAGAACUGUACAAUUUAACAGACCCUGUAAUUAUUCAAAUACCAAAGAUUCAGGCUGGUGUGAACCACACUUGUGUGUUCUGGGAUACUACUGCAAGCACUUGGUCAACUGAAGGGGUGACACAAUUUGAAGAUGACUUAGAUAUGGUCAUCUGUCACUCCAAUCAUCUCACUAGUUUUGCUGUACUGAUGGAUACAUCACCAGCUCAACGUUUCUCUAAAGUCCAUGAGGAUGCCCUGACCUACAUAACCUACAUUGGAUGCGGUAUCUCUCUGGCAUGUCUCUUCCUCACAGUCUUGACGUACUGCCUUUUCAGAUGUCUAAACAAAGAAAAGUCUGGUAAAAUUCUGAUCCAACUUGGCUUUUCUUUAAUUUUUUUGAACAUAAUCUUUCUGGUUGGUUCUGUUGAUGUCUCAGGCUAUAGUAAUGUUGGCUGUGUGGUUGUGGCACUUCUCCUGCACUAUUUCAUCCUUGGAGCCUUCAUGUGGAUGUUAAUUGAAGCCAUUGAGAUGUAUCAGGCUCUUGUCACAGUCUUCUCAAAGUAUGAAGGAUACUACUUACUGAAGCGAUGUAUAGCAGCCUGGGGAGUACCACUUUUGAUAGUUGGCAUCACUGCUGCAGUAGAUAUCUACAGCUAUCAUAAUGAUCAAGAGCCAAGAGAAAUUUGUUUCCUUACCAGUCAAAAUGCUGCUGCCUACUACAGUGCCCUGAUUGCCCCUUGUUGCCUCAUUAUUCUUAUUAACACUGUAGUGUUCAUUAUGGUAUCAAGAGUCAUUCUGAAGCCCAAAUUUCAGCAGCAGUUGACCACUGAGACUGUCACCAUCACACCUGCACAAAUCAGAGGAGCCUUUACAGUGAUGUUUCUGCUGGGAAUCACGUGGGUGUUUGGGCCCCUGGCCAUCAAUGAAGCUAAACUGGUUUUCAGCUACAUCUUCUGCAUCUGCAAUUCUCUGCAGGGCUUCCUGAUCUUUGUCUUUCGCUGCCUGUUCAACCCAGAGGCCAAACUGGCAUGGAUACAGCUUUUCAAGACAGGGACACUCAAGCGAAGGCGUGGCCCAUACAAAUCAAGCAAUUCAGACUACACAUCCAAAGCAGUUGACAACAGGUUUCAAAGCAAUAGCAAUGGAAGUGGAUUCAGUGGUCAGAUGAGCACAAAAAUGAGCUUAGCUAUAAAAAGUGGCAAUGGAUGUCAUCCACACCCACAUCAGCUUCAUACAACCAGUAGUUGGCAUCCAAACUUAAAUGGAACCAAAUCCGACAAAGUUGGCAACACCAGCCAUGGUGCCAACUUUCCCUUAGGCAGUAAGAAAGACCGAAGAGAAAGCAUGGAUUAUUCUGUUGAUACCAAACGGGAGUCUAUUCCCAAUGACUCAAUGUCAGAAUUUCAGGAUGAACUAACCCAUUUCUAAAUGUUAGUCUCCUUAAAAUCCUGUGAGAUACAUGUCAAAGUCUUUCUUUAUAAUAAAUCCACAAGACAAUUUUCUUGGCCAGUUCUUUGGUGCUGACACAGCAUCAUAAACUGUCUUGCUGUUCCUUCAUAAACAUGUGAUGUUACAUUAAUAGUUAUUAAAUUUGAACUGUGGUGAAUAUAGUUUUAAUGUCACAUUCAAACCUUUAAUGUGCAUCAAAAGUCCCAUGGAACCAUGUCAUGUUCAAACUGAUAUUAGGCCUAAGGAAAGGUCGCAUGUAUAAUGCCAACUUUCAAGUUUAAGUCACAUUUAAAGAUUGUUGGCUCACAAAUUUCAAUCUAAACUAGAUCUCACAUUCAAAACAUCCUUUUGUGUCAAUUAAAAUUAGUGUUUCAACAUAAUCUCAAUUUUUGCUAAAAGGAAUUUCUUUAAAUUAGAGCAUGUAAUAAUAAAUGAACCCCUAGCAGCUAAAUAAAGACUAAGUCUGGAUAUGUUUUUAUAUAUAAUUUUCUGAGAUAAUAAUUUAGCACAGUAGAUUAAUAAAUUUAAAUUAUAGCAUACAUGACACAAAUGUGAAAAUUUAUCAGCUUUCUAUAUUUAUGGAAUCUACACAAAACAGAAGCAGCUAUUUAAUUUUUCAUGUUUAAGUUAGGCUACAUAGAAAAGUGUUCACUAUUAAUUAGCAGAUUUUAAGUCUCUAAUUAUUAUGUAUGACUAAAUUAACACUUAUUACAUGUAUGACAUUUAAGUUCUCUUACAAUAAUAAUUGAUAAGAUAAGAACUACUCUAAAUGGUAUUACAUGUUCAAUGAAGAAAAAAGUUACUCUUGUUAUGAAAAAAACAUUCUAUACUCGAUCCAGAUUUAGCAUAUUUUUUAUUCUGUGAAGUGCAUAGCAGGAAAAAAAAAAAGUUGUUUGUAUAAAUAUUCACUGUCUAUUGUCUAGUCAUGACCUAGUUAUCAAUUUACUAUCUCAUAGGAAUACCUACAUAAAUCAGAAUGAACAAUAUAGCUUUCAUCAAAAGAUAUAUUCUAAGGAAUAGUCAACAAUAGAGGUACUCCUGCGUGGUGUUUACACACUUAUUGUGCAUAUAGUGUUAAACCAUUUCCUAGAUUUCACUUCGGACAAAGAACAACUAUAUUACAGUUGUUGUUAUUGUGGUCUGUGUUGUGUAUAUUUUUUUUCUAGAAGAACAUGUGAUGACUUUGACCUCCUGUUGUGUUGACAUCAUUAUCAGUGUUCUAAGUAUUCAUACUAAAUCCCAUUAGUUACUGUGCUGCUAUUGAAGGAUGAAACUUAACACACAAAAUAUUUAUGUACAAAAUAUUUAUUUUUAUAGAGAUUUUUUUUUUUUUUUUUUUGUCAAAUGCAUUACAUUCUUUUUUUGUCGAAUGAAUUAAAAUGUUAUAAAUAUUGACUAAAUGUAUAGCCUUUUCAGUCUGUAAAACAGAAUGAUUGAUCGUUAUCUUGUUUAAAAUGUUCCUUGAAAACUCUGAUUAUUUUUUCUUUCUGGUAACAUUGUUUUAGUUUAGUAUGUCAGAAGAAUAGUUCAAAACAAUAUUCAUUGCUCUAAAAUAAAAAAAAAGUUUUUUUUUUAAAGUUAUGUUAUAACUAUUGUAAAUCAAAACUGCACUUUUGGCCUUCUGAUACCCCCUGAAUGUAAUAAUUGAAACAGAAACAUAACUUGAAUUUUACUUUAAUUCAUGUGUAUUCAAUUCUUUAUAUUGUCCUAAAAGUUGAGUGUUUUUGGAACUCAGGGCUCACAGAAGCUUGCCUCCAUCAACCUGUCUUUAAAAAAAAUGUUCCGUCUGGGAAGGAUCUACACAGAUGUAAAUUUUUUGACAUCCCUGUUACUGAUGGCGGCUUGAAUUCCAAGACACAAGUUAGAGGCAAGGUUGAGCACACCAAGGAAACUCCCCUAUAUUCUUUCUCUGUACCGCAUCAGCCAUGCAGGUAUUUGCCAUUGAAAAACGUUCCCUUGAGGAACAGUGUGUAAAUAUGUUUGUUGGAGCUUUCUACCAUCUCCAGCAUUGCAAUGGGUUUAGUUCUUAGGCAACCCAACAGGGGGUUCUGUUUUGCUUCCCUGUUGGUCUCUAAUCAUCUCCUUUAAUGACCUCUUCCAUCCAAGUACUAUAAUGAGGCUGGGAAGCAUUGCCAGGGUAUUUAACUCUUGCCAGUGAUGUAGAUUUAUGGGAAGCAAGGAGAAAUUAGUUACUACUUAUUUAAUAAAAAUAAUAGUGAUCAAGAAGGAUAAAUGGUGAAAGAUUAUCAAUAGUUCAUUAAUGUUUGAAUGGUAAUAGAGUACUACUGUUUUACAAAGAGACAUAUUUUCUAACAAUACCAUUGCUAUUAUAUUGUUGUUCUGGUAUUUUACAAAGAAAUGAUUAAUGUGAAUGUAUCAUGCUGUCGAUGACAAAGGAAGAUAUGUUCUUGAGGAUUAAAAAGUGUCUUUAGAUCCCAACUUAAACAAUAGUGUUGAUGACACUCCAUAUGUUUUAUGCACUGGGCCCCAGAUAGAUCCCAACUUAAAUAAUGAUGUUGAUGACACCUUCCCUAUAUGUUCUUUGCUAUGGGUCCCAGCUGUGGAUAAGUAGAGUUCUACCCUGCGAGUACAAGCAAGUAGAGAACUGCUGUCCAUGGUAGGACUACCAUAAAGAAAGGUAAAACAAAUUCAAUCACAACUUUAGAGUUGAUGCCCUUGUUCAUGUUUUUGACUUGUUUUAAAAACCUGUGGUCUGAUUGUGUAUAGAUCUGAUCAUGUGACAUUUGCAAAACAAAUAUCUGUUUGUUUGUGACUAUUUUUUUUUUAGAUAUCAAACUUAAUGAGAUGAUUGUUUUUCAGUGAUAAAAACUGAAUGAUUGUUUUUUGAGCAUUAGCUGAUGAUAAUACAUGUAUAACACAUUGCCUUUGAUACGAGGUUGAAGAAAAGUGCAGUAUUUCACAUGGCUAUGUACACCUUGCUAUGACUACACAUUUUGUCACCUCUAACACUGACAAAGCAGAUGUCUAUCAGGAGGGUUGGGUUUAUAUUACUACCCUUUCUACUGCACUUAUCUUCAGAGGUAGAUUUCCAUUGUCCCUCAUAUGUAUAAUGAUGAUAGAUUUUCCACCUUGUGACUGAAAUAUUGUAUUGCUCGUAUUAUAUCAUCAAUAAUAUUUUGAAAUGUAUGACUUGAAAUGUAAUUUUUUCUUGCUAAAAUAUGUUCAAUGACUUUUGUAUUAUAUGAUAUUGAAAUAUUCUGUUUUCUUAUACAUUGAGAUAAAUAUUUGUUUAAUCGUGAAAUUUCAUUUUGACUGAUGUAUACAUGUCCAUUAUUCUGUUACUGGAAUGCAAAUUAUGAAACAGACAGAGCCAGAUAGUCAGUCUCAGACUUUGUAAUAGUUCAGAGUUUGUUUGUUUUUUCUACUUGUAUAAAGCUUUUCUAAACUAUUAAAAAUUGUUUCUACAAAAUUUAAAUGUAGAAAACAUUUUAGUCAAUUAGCCUACAAAAACAAAUGUUUUAACUGUAUGUCAAAGUUCAUUGUUUAGCUAAGUUACAAUAAAACUAAAUUGUGUCACUAUGUUUUCAUCAUGAAAUGUAAUACAUAAGAUAUUUACUGACAGUUGCUGAUAUUUUUCAAUGUUAUUUAUUUAUAUUUUUUGCAUUAAAUGUCAAAGGAUAAUUUUUUUUGUCUUUUGUUUAUUUUUCUUUGCUUGGUGCUUUAAAAAAAAAAUAAACAUGUUAUGAAAUCCAUUCAAUAAAUAUUUAGUAACAAUAUCAGAAUUUGUUUGUGUGCUUCUGUGUCUUUAUUCUAGAUUCUAACAUUGAACUUAAGAAACUUGAUGCACAUUUUAAGACUGUUCAUGAAGCAGUGAAGGGUCAGUUGGACUUGAUGAUUUCAGGGGUGAUUUGGACCAUGCCUCUCCUGUGUGAGCUCUAUAUGGCCAAGACCAAAAAAUAUUGGGUAUCUUUGAUCUAGAGCUUUUUUUUUUUUUUGUUUUGGUGUGGCUGGUAGGAUUUCUUUUUUUAAAGUGAAGAGUGGCUACCUAACCUUUUUUGUGCAUGCAUUUGUUUGAAAUAGCCGACACAUUAGUCCAGGG